AUGGCGGCGACCAUGAAAUGGAAGCGUGUGACAAAUUCUACUGGCCCCGUGCCUCGACCAAGGCAUGGACAUCGUGCUGUAGCAAUAAGAGAACUGAUGGUUGUCUUUGGAGGAGGAAAUGAAGGAAUCGUGGACGAAUUACAUGUCUAUAACACAGGUAACGCAGUUUGCGUGGGAGCGAGAAACAUGGCGGCCUCUAUGUGCUUGGUCUUCGCGCCAGAGUUUUCCCGAUGCUGUUUUCAGCCGCUGACGCUCAUACUAAGCGUGAUGUGUUCUUCACAUUAAUCAAAAUGUUUUAUUUACUUUUUUAGCGACAAAUCAAUGGUUUGUCCCCGCGGUUCGCGGAGAUGUUCCUCCGGGAUGUGCGGCGUACGGUUUUAUUGCGGAUGGCACUCGACUAAUUACAUUCGGUGGUAUGGUUGAAUACGGGCGCUACUCUAAUGAGGUAAAUUUUCGCUAUUAAGUAUUUUUUAUCUGUGCGUGAAUAUUGUGAAACAGUUUUUGUAGACGUAGCUUAAAUCAUUUAUUUAUGCGGCACCUCUUAAGGUUGACGAAAGGGUACACUACGUAACCCUUACGUUGUUUUUUGUUAUUAUUUUCCCCUGAGAAAAAUUCUCCUUGGCCAUUUCCGCAGAUAAUGAGGUCGAGGACUUUUCUUUGUGAAGAUAAGUGUGUAAUUGAUAUUGUUUAGAAUGCGUUAAAUCGGAGCCGAACCUUGAUAUAGCUUUAAAACGAGUGUUUUGCGUCUGAUAUAUGCGUAGGCGUAAAUCAAAGCAAUUUUCGUACAGUCUUGCAUAUUCACAUGUUUUGUAUGUUUACACUUCGUUGCGUCGAGCAGUAAUCAAACUGUCCUCCAAUAUACGACGUGAAAUAGCACUAUUUAGCUUUUUCUUGAAGUUCAAAUGUCUGAGAGAACACUGAGCCAGUUUGCUUUUAUAAUUCAGUUCAAAGAUUUUGUAAACUAUUGUCUGGAAUUUUUGAAAUUUUUUUGAGUGUCUUGCAAUAUAUUUCGUAAAAAAUAUUGUAAUCGUAAUAUCUCUUCAACAUUUUUUUACAAAAGGAAAUGUUUUUGUGCAUUUAACUAGAGUGAGAACAAUCAUGUCUACAUCAGCUUUAAUUCGGUAUGGUAUUUUUUUUGUUUCAGGAAAUUUUAUACCCACUAUAUCAAUCUUUUUUAGUCAACAAAAUAUUUUCUGAAAGUUGAUCCAAGAAGAAAAACAUUGAAUUUAAGUAUUUUUCUUAAUUCAUUUUUGUUAUGUUAUUGAGUUGAAUAACAUGUUAUUUUUCAUGUGCAAUUUUGUGGCAAAAAAUCUCUUUGUGAGAAAGUAAUUUGAGGCUUGAUCCUUCUUGGAGCUAUAUUAUAAAGUUAAAUGGUUUGCAUUGACAAAAGCUUAAAAUUUACGUGCACAAAAGGCUAUUUAAUGGUCCUUUGUGCAUUUGAUUAUUUUUCAAGAAGCUGGUUAUUUUCUCCUAGGGGGCUCAAAUAAUGGUGUGAUUGUUGCAAUGUAUUAUCUACUCAAAAGGUUCCUUUCAACUAAGUUUAUACCACUGUUAAAGUGAACAUGUGUAAAGAGAGAAAAAUCAGAUAAAAUAGUUUUUUUUCCUAAAAGCUUUUAAGGAAGAAUGUGGUUGCUUAAUGAUAUUCUUGUGAAUAAGUAAAAUUCAUGUCAAGUUUGUGUAUCUUGUGUCAGCAUCAUAACCCAAUUAUUCUAAGAUACCUGCAGGCACAAAGACAUUUACACCAAAAAAUAUUUAUGAUUUUCUUUUGGUGUAAGUGAAAAUCCUUAAUAGUGUCAAUUCAGAUCUAGAUGAAUUAUUUUUCUUGUUUUUAGUUCAGCCAUAAAUCACACAUACAGCUAUACUUCCUUGAGUGAUAGAUUCUUACAAGUUAAAAAAUAUUUACUUGGAAAGUUCAGAGAUUAAAACCCAAUCAUGAUUUUCCUUCCCUUGAUUCUGCGCUUUUCUCAUUUUCAACACAAAAUAAAUUUUGGUUCUCAUGAUGGCAAAAGACAUAUAAAUGAUGAAAUUGAAAAUUCAUUAAUUUGUGGCUGGCCUAUCUACAUUCUAGGGAUAUAAAACAGACAGGUGAUCUUUAUCACCCAGCUAAAAGGAUUCAACUGGUAAUAAAAAAUAUAAAUAUCAGUACUGUUCAUAUAUUCAACAUUCUAGGGAUAUAAAACAGACAGGUUAUCUUUAUCACCCAGCUAAAAGGAUUCAACUAGUAAAAAAAUAAAUAUCAGUACUGUUCAUUUAUUAUUUAUGAAAUAAAAGUGUAACAUUAUUUCAGUUGUUAUCAUUAAGUCCUUUUAUAAGUUAACCAGAAUAAAAAUUCACCCUAUAGUCAACUUGUUUUUACAUUUUAAGUUUGUUGGCUUAAAAGCUCAAUAUUUAGUAACAUCCAUCUAGAAAUUUGGAAUUUUUUGGCAAUUUUUCUUGCAAUGUGUCAUUAUUCUUGAAAUGUUGUAACAGUAGCUGCUUACAAUUCAGGUUAUGUUUACAAAAGCUAUCACAUGGAUUUUAAUGAACUUUAUGAAUGGAAAAGUAAAUGCUUAUAAUUGCAGAUAUAUAAGGAGAGCCCACUUCAGUCAAGUACAAGAUUUGAUCAUACCCUGAGAACAGUGCAGAGAAUCAUUUGCCAAUUUGCUAUCGAUUGCACAAUAUUUUUUUAUAAGAGACUUCCAUUAUUAUUUAUGACUCAUAGAGUUGUGUGUAAAAGCAGCUGACUAAUAUUACAAGCUAACUUGAAAAACGUUUGUCUUUACAGGAUUUGUUGUGGUUCAAUUUAUUUUAACCAUGGUUUAAAUUUUAUUUUCCUUUGUUUGUAACUCAUUAUCACCCCCCUGGAUAAGCACUGGUCUCCCAAAAGGUCUCCUGGGCAGACCAACACUCAGUCUUUAAAUAACUGAGAAGAAAGUGCUUUCUUAGUAAUAUAUCAGCAAAUUGUUGGAAUUUCUGGUCUUCUCAGCUAAUAAAGGCAUGAUAAACUGUAGGGUCAGUCUUACGACACUUGCUCACAAAUUAAUUUCUGUGGGACAUUAUUUUAAGAGCUAACACACUGUUCAUAAAAGGUAGGGGAUGUAUCAGUACUCCCCAGAGUGGUGGUCUAUUUCAACUUCUCAGUCACAUUAUGGGGUAUUCAUAACUCAUUGCUUCAUUGAAAGUGCACCAUAAGGAGGACUCUGGCAGAAGUCCCCCAACCAGUGUUGUAAAUUACUCCUGAAAAGCACUGAGGGGGUAGUGGAUAAUAAGAUAUUUUACAUUUCACAAUGUACCCCCCCAAAAAAACAAAACUAAGGAUAAAAUUCAGCCACAACAGGUGCAUACAGUACUGUGCUGACUGUACUUGUACAGUGUACAUGUACAGGCAUAUGUGAAAUGUUAUCUCUGUUUUCAGAUGUACGAGUUGCAAGCCAGUCGGUGGGAAUGGAAGAAGCUGAAGCCUAAAGCACCUAAGUCCCCUGGGGUUUAUCCAUGCCCUCGACUAGGACAUAGUUUCACUGCUGUCAAUCACAAGGCUUAUCUCUUUGCCGGACUGGCUAAUGACAGUGAUGACCCAAAAAAUAACAUUCCCAGGUAAAUGUUUGAUUCCUAACCUUUGCCCUUUUGCCAGCAGCUUGGUUUGUUUCUUGUUUUGUUUGUGUUUGAAAGAGGAUUUGUGUUUAUUAUCCCCACAGUAGAAAUCAUUUUACACUUUUAAAGAACAUCACUGAACAGAAUGUAAAAGUUGAAUAAAAAGUUACAGGUUUUUUCUAUCAUCUAUCUACAGAUAUCUAAAUGAUCUCUACGUGGUAGAUAUACGGAGCAGCAAUAACUUACAGUGGGAAGUACCAUCAACGUUUGGUAUGACACCUUCUCCACGAGAAUCACACACUUGUGUUGCUACGUCAGACUCAGACAGUAAGAGACCAAGACUUAUUGUUUAUGGUGGAAUGAGUGGUUGCCGCCUUGGUGAUCUCCAUCAGUUAGAUAUUGGUGAGUGAAAGUGCAGUUACACAUAAUUUGACCCUACUGGCCAAAUGUUUGCCCAUGAUAAUUCAAAGUCAACCAUUGAAGUGGUAGGAAUGUUGCAGUGAGAAAUAAUUUUACUUGUAUGUGAUCAGUGUUGGGGUUUAAGCCAUAUAGGGGAGUUUUAGCAUCUUACAGACAUUUCAGAGUAGUCUUUUUAAAAAGUGAUGACUUGAUUUACAUUACAGAUACAAUGACAUGGUCCAAACCAGCUGUCCACAAUAUGAUUCCUCUGCCCAGGAGCCUCCAUUCUGCUACCACUAUUGGCAAAAGGUUGGUUACCUGUCAUUUGCAACUGCUGUACAUUUUCUUAGCAAAAGCGGUCUGUCUAGGGCAUAACACAUUCUCACAUGGUGUGCCUGUUAGUAGUAGUGGACUAAUACAUCAAGAAAGUCAUAGAGAACUUAGAGACUGCCUUUUAUUAUAUAAACACCAAUGAAAUACCAGGUGAGCUUUCGCACGAAAACUUGAUAUCUCACAUGUGAAAAUAACAUGUUAUCUUCACAUGUGAAAAAAUCACCUUUGCUAUGGCUACAUAAUAAGUUGUGCCUUUUACACCAAAAAACCAUUAAAGUGAAAUGGUUUGGUAUGUCAUUGGUGUUUAUAUAAUGAAUAGAACAUUACAUGGCCAGUUAGAGAUACAAAAUUUCUCUUCUCAUGUUGAAAAAAUAUUUCACUCAUUCGCUGCGCUCACUCGUGAAAUAUUUUUCAACACUCAAAGAGAAAUUUUGUAUCUCCGCGUGGCCAUGUAAUAUCCUCUAUUUAUGAUGUACUUACUAGGUUUCCUUGAUGUGAUAAUAUCUUUUCAUUUUUUUUUUCUUGCUUCUUAGAAUGUUUGUGUUUGGUGGUUGGGUACCACUUGUAAUGGAUGAAGUGAAAGGGAGGCAAGAUGAGAAGGAAUGGAAAUGUACAAACUCUCUCGCUUGUUUAAAUUUAGGUAUGCUCUGUGAUAGUUAAUUGAUUUAUAUUAAGAUGGUUGUGAUAGUUGUCACUGAUAAAUAAAAACACUGACAUAGUGGUUUACUUUAAUAUUGAGAAAUUAAAGUUGAAAAGAUCCUACAUUCAUUUAUUGUUGUGUAUGAUUGAAGCAAUAUUGUCAUUCGAAGCCAAGUUUUCUUUCUUUUCAUUGGUCGAGGGCCCACCACGUGCCUUGCAAGUAACUACCCACAAAUAACGGUCUGCUCAUGCGCAAUCUAAUCAUACUGAGUUUGGCUGCAAAUAAUAUUCAUGCGUAAAAGAAACCAUGCUUUUCUCCUUCUUGUGAUUGCUCUUGCAUGAAAAUGGCAGAUUGCUUCGCUUCCUGAGAAUAUUCAUUGCAAAGCAAACUCGCUGUUCAAAUGACAAAUCACGAUAUUUUGCUCAACCUUGUCCAGUGAUAAUAUUAUUGUUAAGUAUUGUACUGCACUUAAAUCAUUUAGUGAGUGCAGAAGUUUUUUGUCGUAGGAAAAACCACCUUUGAUGUUUCCUCAAAACUGUUGUCCUUGUCUUAGGGGUAGUACCGAACAUUUUUUGAUUCCCUAGUUGAAACACUUUUUUAUUUUUUUUGUCCACAGAAAGCAUGUCUUGGGAGAAUGUAGUGAUGGAUCAGUAUGAUGAUUCAAUCCCUAGAGCAAGGGCAGGGCACUGCAGUGUAGCUGUGAGUCUUAAAAAGAUGCUUCUCUUGUGCGUUUUUUAUUUGGUUAAUGGAUUGUAAUGAAAUGCAAAGCAAUAAUGCUGUCAUUUCAAAGUUGUUGAUCAAUACUACGGUAUUAACACAUUACCAUCUUCCCAUUCCCUCUGUCGCACAUCCUUCACAUGCCUAAAACUGCGCUUCUCCGUCCCCUUUCAACCACCCACCACUCAGGCUGUCACUUACUUUAAAAGCACCUUUUUAACUAGUAAGUUAAUAAUAGGCUAUUACAAAAAACUGAAACAUAGGAUAAUGCAAUUAUUCUAGAGCUCUGAUUGGCUUAGCUUAUAAUCAAAAACAAGCUGAAAAUCAGUUGUUUUGACAAAUAAAGUCGGGAAGAAUUCUCAAUAUUUUGGGGCGUUUUUGUUCAACAAUAAUCCACUCAUGCUUGCUGGAUAAAUGAGUUGAUUAUAGCCAACUCUCGCUGGCUAUCACUAUCUCAUAUCCAAUGGGCACUGGUGGAAUAAUAUUGUUAAUUGGUCCUUAUGCAAACACAAAAUAGCUAUAGCUGUACAGUCAAAGAGAGGCCUCAUAUCACUGUGAACCUGUAGCCAAGCACAAGGUUUUGCCAGAAAAGCUGCAAUCUCAUUUUGAGUCAGCAAAAUAAGUGAAUUGACUAGAAUUCAGUUUUUCAGGAUUCUACCAUACAUGUAUUUUCUUCCAAAAUGCUCAGUUUGUUAUAAGUGUUAAGUACCUUAUUUUUAUUUUAAUCAGAUCAACACCAGAUUGUACAUGUGGAGUGGCAGAGAUGGCUACCGAAAAGCUUGGAACAAUCAGGUUAGUUUGAGUGUAAAAUAUCUCAGGAGUUGUUCACUUCACCAUGUUAAUUCCAAAUACAUCAUUGUGUUCUUACAGUCAGGUAGCGAGUUAUAAAACUAGUUCUAUCUUUUAGAUGACUGUUGUGCUGCGUUCUUCUGUGGGGCUCUUUUCUUAUUUUAAUUCACUAGUUAUUUAGGUUGUUCUUAGUAUUUACUUCACAUAGUGUUAGGUUUUUAUAGAGCUGGAUUUCAAGACAAAGUGCUAAUAGCAUGAUUUUUGUCAGGUAUGCUGCAAAGACUUGUGGUAUCUUGAAACAGGUGUGUAUGUGGUUUUAUUUCUGCCAUGAUCACUUUAAAAGCUCUCUGCCUUUAAAAUUUAUUUCCAUAACUCUGAGAUAUGUUUGUAAGCUCUUCUUUUUUCUUUAGAAAAACCUCCUGCCCCAACUAGGGUGCAGUUGGUUCGAGCAAGUACCACUACCCUGGAAGUGUGCUGGGGCUCUGUACCUACUGGUAUGUUGUUAUUUCUGUUGUCACAUCUUUUGGUUAUUUGUGGUGUUGAUAAUCACAGAGGUUAAUACAGUUUAACAGCAAAGGGUCAUUGAGAUCAAUCCUCAUCAUUGGCCAUGCUUGUACUCAAAAUAUACAGCUGGUGUGUUACUCAUUUUUCUGGUGCGAAUAAAGUGCUUUUUUCAUCAUGUAAAGUGAACUCACAUUGUUCUUUGUUUAAGGAAAAAUUCUAAAUUGUAACAUUUGAAAUCUGUAUCUGUUGGCGAUAAAUUUCAUUUUCAGGUUAAAUGUUUCUGCCCCCAAGUUUGAUUCAGAAUUUCCUUUGUUGCCUAGCCCUAGGUCUUCAUAGGAGACAAAGGAAAUUGUGGUUUAACAUGACAACAGAUUUUCCCCACAUUUACCUAUUUGCUGUGACAAAAAUGUGAAAUGUUAUCUCUGUUUUCAGAUGUACGAGUUGCAAGCCAGUCGGUGGGAAUGGAAGAAGCUGAAGCCUAAAGCACCUAAGUCCCCUGGGGUUUAUCCAUGCCCUCGACUAGGACACAGUUUCACUGCUGUCAAUCACAAGGCUUAUCUCUUUGCCGGACUGGCUAAUGACAGUGAUGACCCAAAAAAUAACAUUCCUAGGUAAAUCUUUAAUUCCUAACCUUUGCCUUUUUGUCAGCAGUUUGGUUUGUUUCUUGUUUUGUUUGUGUUUGAAAGAGGAUUUGUGUUUAUUACCCCCACAGUAGAAAUCAUUUUACACUUUUGAAGAACAUCACUGAACAGAUGUAAAAGUUGAAUAAAAAGUUACAGGUUGUUUCUGUCAUCUAUCUGCAGAUAUUUAAAUGAUCUCUACGUGGUAGAUAUACGGAGCAGCAAUAACUUGCAGUGGGAAGUACCAUCAACGUUUGGUAUGACACCUUCUCCACGAGAAUCACACACUUGUGUUGCUACGUCAGACUCAGACAGUAAGAGACCAAGACUUAUUGUUUAUGGUGGAAUGAGUGGUUGCCGUCUUGGUGAUCUCCAUCAGUUAGAUAUUGGUGAGUGAAAGUGCCGUUACACAUAAUUUGACCCUACUGGCCAAAUGUUUGCCCAUGAUAAUUCAAAGUCAACCAUUGAAGUGGUAGGAAUGUUGCAGUGAGAAAUGAUUUUAUUUGUAUGUGAUCAGUGUUGGAGCAGUUAGAUAUUGGUUUGUGAAAGUGCUGUUAGAUAUAAUUUGACCCCACUAGCCGAAUGUUUGCCUAUGUAAUUCAAAGUCAACCAUUGAACUGGUAGGAAUGUUGCAGUGAGAAAUAAUUCUAUUUGUAUGUGAUCAGUGUUGGAGUUUAAGCCGUAUAGGGGAGUUUUAGCAUCUAACAGACAUUUCAGAGUAAUCUUUUUAAAAAGUGAUGACUUGUUUUACAUUACAGAUACAAUGACAUGGUCCAAACCAGCUAUCCACAAUAUGAUUCCUCUGCCAAGGAGCCUCCACUCUGCUACCACUAUUGGCAAAAGGUUUGUUACCUGUCAUUUGCAACUGCUGUACAUUUACUUAGCAAAAGCAGUCUGUCUAGUGCGUAACACAUUCUCACAGGGUGUGCCUGUUAGUAAUAGUGGACUAAUACAUCAAGAAAGUCAUAAAGAACUUGGAGACUGCCUUUUUUGAUGUACUUUCUAGGUUUUCUUAAUGUGAUAAUAUCUUUUCAAUUUUUUUUUUCUUGCUUCUCAGAAUGUUUGUGUUUGGUGGUUGGGUACCGCUUGUAAUGGAUGAAGUGAAAGGGAGGCAAGAUGAGAAGGAAUGGAAAUGUACAAACUCUCUUGCUUGUUUAAAUUUAGGUAUGCUCUGUGAUAGUUAACUGAUUUAGUUUAAAGGUAGUUGUGAUAGUUGUCACUGAUAAAUAAAAUCACUGACAUAUUGGUUUACUUUAAUAUUGAGAAAUUAAAGUUGAAAAGAUCCCACAUUCAUUUAUUGUUGUGUAUGAUUGAAGCAAUAUUGUCAUUCAAAGUAAAUUUUUCUUUCUUUUCAUUGGCCGAGGGCCCACCACGUGUCCUGCAAAUAACUGCUCAGAAAUAAUGGUCUGCUCAUGCGCAAUCUCAUCCGACUGUUUUUGGCUGCAAAUAACAUUCUGCUCAUGUGUAAAAGAAACCACACUUUUCUCCUUGUUCCGACGCUCUUGCUUGAAAAUGGCAGAUUGCUUCACUUCCCAAGGAUAUUCAUUAAAAAACAAACUCGGUGAUCAAAUGAUAAAAGAAUCAUUGAACUCGGUUAUCGCAAAAUAUUUUGGCAAAUAAUUAUUGAUUGCUUGCCACUGACAAAUCAGGAUAUUUUGCUCAACCUCAUCCAAUAAUAAUAAUUUGUUAAGUAUUGUACUGCACUUAAAUCAUUUAGUGAGUGCAGCAGUUUUUUGUCGUAAGAAUAACCACCUUUGAUGUUUCCUCAAAACUGUUGCCCUUGUCUUAGGGGUAGUACCGAACAUUUUUUGAUUCCCUAGUUUAAACACUUUUUUAAUUUUUUUGUCCACAGAAAGCAUGUCUUGGGAGAAUGUAGUGAUGGAUCAGUAUGAUGAUUCAAUCCCUAGAGCAAGGGCAGGGCACUGCAGUGUGGCUGUGAGUCUUACAAAGAUACUUCUCUUGUGCCUUUUUUAUUUGGCUAAUGGAUUGUAAUGAAAUGCAAAGCAAUAAUGCUGUCAUUUCAAAGUUGUUGAUCAAUACUCAGGGCUGUGCUCUAGCAGACCCCGGUGGCCCCUGGCGCCUAACUUUUGCCAGCGGGCGACUAGAAAAUCUCAGGUUUUUCAUACAAAUCAUAUGCUGGGCACCCUAGAUUUUACAGUUUCAGAGCACUGGGCUCCCUUCAAUUUUCCUUAGAGCACAGCCUUGAUACUACCGUAUUAACACUUUACCAUCUUCCCGUUCCCUCUGUCGCACAUCCUUCACAUGCUUAAAACUGCACUUCUCCAUCCCCUUUCAACCACCCACCACUCAGGCUGUAAAUUUAAAAGCACCUUUUUAACGUGUAAGUUUAUAUAAGCUAUUAUAAAAAACUGAAUCGUUGGAUAAUGUAAUUCUAGAGCUGUGAUUGGCUUAGCCAUCAUUGUAUAUGAGCGAUUAUGCCAUGCUCUCCAAAUAUGGUAACUGUAUGCAUCUGCUCAAAAUUAAAAACAAGCUGAAAGUAGGUUGUUUGCACAAAUAAAGUCGGGAAGAAUUCUCGAUAUUUUGUGGGCAUUUUUAUUAAAACAAUUAUUAUUCCACUCGUGCUUGCUGGAUAAAUGAGAUGAUUAUAGCCAACUCUCAUUUGCUAUCACUAUCUCAUAUCCAAUGGGCACUGGUGAAAUAAUAUUGUUAAUUAGUCAUUAUUCAAACACAAAAUAGCUAUAGUUGAAGAGUCAAAGAGAGACCUCAUAUCACUGUGAACCUGUAGCCAAGCACAAGAUUUUGCCAGAAAACUGCAAGCUCAUUUUGAGUGGGCAAAAUCGGUGAAUUGACUAGAAUUCAGUUUUCAGGAUUCUACCGUAUUUUCUUCCAAAAUGCUCAGUUUGUUAUAAGUGUUAAAUACCUUAUUUUUAUUUUAAUCAGAUCAACACCAGAUUGUACAUGUGGAGUGGCAGAGAUGGCUACCGAAAAGCUUGGAACAAUCAGGUAAGUUUGAGCGUAAAAUAUCUCAGGAGUUGUUCACUUCACCAUGUUAAUUCCAAAUACAUCACUGUGUUCUUACAGUCAGGUAGUAAGUUUUAAAACUAGUUCUAUCUUUUAGGUGACUGUUGUGCUGCACUGCUUCUGUGGGGCUCUUUUCGUAUUUUAGUUCACUAGUUAUUUAGGUUGUUCUUAGUAGUAUUUGCUUCACACAGUGUUAGGUUUUUAUAGAGUGGGAUUUCAAGACAAAAUGCUAAUAGCAUGAUUUUUGGCAGGUAUGCUGCAAAGACUUGUGGUAUCUUGAAACAGGUAAGUAUGUGGUUUUAUUUCUGCCAUGAUCACUUUAAAAGCUCUCUGCCUUUAAAAUUUAUCUCCAUAACUCUGAGAUAUGUUUACAAAAAUAAGCUUUUUCUAUUUUCUUUAGAAAAACCUCCUGCCCCAACUAGGGUGCAGUUGGUUCGAGCAAGUACCACUACCCUGGAAGUGUGCUGGGGCUCUGUGCCUACUGGUAUGUUGUUAUUUCUGUUGUCACAUCUUUUGGUUAUUUGUGGUGUUGAUAAUCACAGAGAUUAAUACAGUUGAACAGCAAAGGGUCAUUGAGAUCAAUCCUCAUCAUUGGCCAUGCUUGUACUCAAAAUAUACAGCCAGUGUGUUACUCAUUUUUCUGGUGUGAAUAAAGUGCUUUUUUCAUUAUGUAAAGUGAACUGACAUUGUUCUUUGUUUAAGGAAAAAUUCUAAAUUGUAACAUGUGAAAUCUGUAUCUGUUGGGGAUAAAAUUCAUUUUCAGGUUAAAUGUUUCUUCCCCCAAGUUUGAUUCAGAAUUUCCUUUGUUGCCUAGCCCUAGGUCUUCAUAGGAGACAAAGGAAAUUGUGGUUUAACAUGACAACAGAUUUUCCCCACAUUUACCUAUUUGCUGUGACAAAAACCUUUUUUUUUUUUGCAUCAGGCUGUCUUGGAUAUCCUUUAACAGGGUGCAAAGAAAGUCAGUUUUACAGCCCCCUAUUCGGGCAAGCUGUAGCUAGCAUGUACUAGCCCACAACUCAUUUCAACUAGCCCCAAAACCCUUUUUGAUUAGCAUGAUUGAUGACAAUCUUUCUGUAAUUUGAAUUUCCCCAAAAACAGCACUUGCCAGUCGGGCAAGUUAAGAACAAAAAUCACUAGUCCAAUAGCAAAAUCCACUAGCCCCGGGCUAUCGGACAAGACUUUCUUUACACGCUGUUUAAGUGCUAUUGGUACAUUUUGUGAUUAUCUGACAUCCCUUUUUUCACAGCUGAUGCAUAUCUACUACAGCUACAGAAGUACGAACUUCCCCCAACACCAGCUGCCACUCCUGUGAAAGCAGCCUUCUCAUCCACCGGGACAGGAAGCCCACUAGGGACAAAGACACCAGCAUCAGCAACUACACCUCCAAAAGUGGCAGUCAAGGCCUCUCCAGCAACUUCACCCUCUGUUACGCCAACUAAACAGCUAGGCAUGGCCACACAGAAAGUUGUAAUGCAGUCGCCAUCACAGACUGCUAAGCCCAAAGCACAGCCAAUGGCAUCACCAGCCAAGCCUGUCAUUCAGAAACAAAGUCCAGCCGCCAGUCCUGUGCCAGCUGUGGCUUCUUCAGUUACAUCAACAGGUACGUCAGUAACUCAGGCAUCCCCAGCCACAGCAUCUACUGCAGUAUCUGGUAUAAAGACAGUUGUUCAAGGCCAGCUUGUCAAUCAGGGUCAAGCAGCUUCAGCAGGUACAAUAACUGGUCAGGGACUUGCACUGAUUCGAGCACCAGUUCAGCUUCCUCCUGGAGUUCAGGCUACCAUGAUCACCAAUGCUCAGGGCAUCCCUGUCAUGCGACUUCAGGGUGCAGGGAUUCAAGGAACAGCACCUGUGACGAUAGUCACCACCCAAGUUGGUGCAACGCAACUACAAGGAGCAACCAUCGUGCGUAUGGCCGCCCCAGUUGGCAACCCUGCGUCAAGCGGAACCACAACUGGAACAGUUCUGAGGUUACCAGUGCAGAGUGGAACCAGUAAUGUGCCAGGGACAGCUGUGUUAAAGAUUCCUGUUACAACUUCAAUCCAGCUGCCUGGUGCGACAGGUCUGACCAUGACAGCCAUAGCAGGAAGCGGUGGCCAGGCUGUGAUUAGACAGCAACUUCCUGUGACACUGCCUGCAAACUUACCCCCAGGAACACAGCUUAAAGUAGGACCACAGGGUCAGCUGACUGCUGUAGGCCCAGGUGGUAUUCCUGUACAGCUCACCCUGCAGAAUGUCAAGACACAGCAGGUGGCAACAGGGUUGCAAGUUCAGUCCGGUGCCACUAUAGGAACCCCAACAGUUGUGCAGCUAGCAGGUGCUUCUCCUGUGAAAGCAAACAUUGCACAGCUGACAACAUCUUCAGCAGCUACAGCAAAAGUCACACAGGCUACCCAAAGCUUAGUUACAAGCACCAAACCUGCAGUGACAUUGACAGUGGCUCCAGUUGCCAAGACAGUGAUGACCACAGCAUCUGUCACUCCAUCAUCAGCAGUUGUAACUGGACAAACCACUCUUGUCAAGAAGCAGAUUCCUCCUUCUGCAGCAGUGUCUCCUGCCACUGCUCAGGUUAUCACAGGGCAGGAACAAAAGACCUCAGCAACUGCAGUGUCAAUGUCAGGCCAGCCAGUGAAAACAACCAUGUCCAGCAAACAGACAACUGUAGUGACGACACUUACAACAAGACAACAGUUUACCAAAACAAUGGUUACAGGGACAAUCAGCACCUCUGGAGCAGUAUCUGUAACAACUGUCUUGCCUUCUAAGGUGAAUCCCCCAGCAACAUCAACAGCAAAAGCUCCAAUACCACAAGUGACAACAACAUCUGUCUCUGUCACCAAAGCAAGUUUGCCCACCACUACCAUUGCAAGUAUACCUGCUGUCGUCAAGACCAACACAGCAGAUACCACUACAAAAAGUAAAACAACAACAUCGUCAACUACAACACUAUCAACUCAUGCCACACCCAAAGCCAUUGUCAGUGUUGCCAAGGCAACAGCAGCCGAGUCCACAAUGCAAUCAUCUGUGACGCAGAUGUCAAGAUCAGCAGUUGCACCCACUAGUACAGCAGGAAUUGUGAAAGCAGUCACCACUGCCCCUGUUGUUUCCUCAGUAACAACUCCGCUGGUGUCUUCGACAGUGUCCAGUAACACACCAGUGGCAGUAGUAUCUCCACUGAUUACCACAACACGGCCUACUGCCUCUGUCACAAGAGCUUCCACCGGAAUUGUGUCAACCAGUUUGCCUCAAACAGUCACUACAAGCUCCGCACAGGUGACUACUGCUAUGUCGCGCACUGUGAAUGAUGGAGCAGGUAUAAAGGCUGACAGAUCAGCUACACCAGCCCUGAUAUCAAAGGUAAAGUUUAAAUUUCUAGAUGUAGGUUUCUAGCUAUUGCAAAGCAAUAGCUAGAAAUAUGCUUGAAACAAAAUAUCCCAAAGUAUGUAGCAUCUAAGUGGCCCAAAUAUCAUAGUACAAGAGAUUUGCAACAAAAUUUUGCAUGUUCUUAUUCUGGAAUACAAUCAAUCAAAUGCGCCAGUAUGAAUUAAGAAAGGUAAUUUAUCUUUUAUGGGAGUGCAGAGCAGUUGUAACAGACAAACUGAAAUAAUCCAUGUUUGAGUUCCAUAUUAAAAGAGGUUAAUUUAUUGAUGAGAGACUCUUAACUGGUGUGGUAUUUUGCACUGUGACACACAAAUAAGGAAAGAAAAAAAUACAGCAGCCUAAACCACUCAGCCAUGCUGCCUUGUCCAUUUUUUUAUUAUUAUUGAAUGCAAGCACUAGGAACAUAUUUUAGUGGCCAGGAAAACUUAAUCGCGUUGACUUAUUUUCAGGCUCAAAAACCAGUGAAACCUAGCUAUACCAGAAAAGUACAGUCUUCAAAUCAGUGGUAUGAUGUAGGAAUCGUCAAAGGAAUCUCCAUGAUGGUCACACAUUACUAUUUAUCUCCUGAAAGUACAACAAAUGAGGUGAGAGAAGCUAGAUUGCUUGUGAUGUACCGGUAGUUGAAGGCCUUUGACUUUCAUCAAUACCUAAAAUUAAAGAAAAAUAGUGAAAAGCAAAUUGUAUCAUGUGAAAGUACUGCUGGAGAAGUUUGAUUUGAAUGGUCACGCAACACGAUUUCAUCCACUGGUUCAAAAGUCAGAACUACAUACUAAAUAAAUAGUACUAUGUGAAAAUACUGCUGAAGAGGUUUCAUUUAAAUGGUCACACAAUAGGAUUUCAUCCACAGACUCAAAAGUCAGAACUACAUACUAAACAAAUAGUACCAUGUGAAAGCACUACUGAAGAGGUUUCAUUUGAAUGGUAACAUCAUAGGAUUCCAUUCACAGACUCAAAAGUUAGAACUACGUACUAAACAAAUAGUACCAUGUGAAAACUCUGCUGAAGAGGUUUCAUUUGAAUGGUCACACAAUAGGAUUUCAUCCACAGACUCAAAAGUCAGAACCACUGUUGUCUCCAUUUAAACUGGAGUUGGAAUGUAAAAGUUAAAUGAAUUUUGCGUGAAAUUCAAAGGUGCGCGAUCUGAAUUACUAACAUGAGCCAUAUUUUCAAACAACCUUGGACUUAGUUAAUAUGUACCCUUUCUUUUGAAAGAAAAUGUUGUGAAAAUGUUAAAGACAAAGUAUUUCAUUUCAAACUUGUUCAAACUUACGACAUACGAAUGAGGUCUUAAUAAAGUUAUCAAAUAGAAACCUUUUGGUACUUUUGAACUUGUAGGCCAACCUUGACAUUGAAAGCGGCUCUGAACAUAAUUUAAAGAAGCAGGAGCUUUUACCAGGAACGGCGUACAAAUUUCGAGUAGCAGCCAUCAAUGCUUGCGGAAGAGGACCAUUCAGUGAUGUGUCUGCUUUUAAAACAUGCCUACCAGGUGAAAAAGUCAACUAACCACUCUACAUUUGUUUCCCCUAACUACGGGAACUUUCCAGUUUUCCUAAACGUCACCAACUACAUGUACUUCGAAGGCUUCUAUGUAAAACUUUUGGAAACCCUAAGGUGGAGGGUGGGGGAAAUGCUGCAUGAAAGUGACACGGAUGCUCAUCGUCUAGCUUCCCACGAGGAAGGAGCGCGUAAAAAAGCCGUAAAAACGUCCGCGUGGAAGGCUACUCAUCGUCUCGUCUAGGGGUAGAAAUUGCAGAUUUUUGUGUCUUUUGGGGUGUUAACGUAUCACGUAGAAUUAUGCUCAAAGAAAUAUCUCGAUUAAACAGCAUCUACUGCAGUAUCUGGUAUAAAGACAGUUGUUCAAGGCCAGCUUGUCAAUCAGGGUCAAGCAGCUUCAGCAGGUACAAUAACUGGUCAGGGACUUGCACUGAUUCGAGCACCAGUUCAGCUUCCUCCUGGAGUUCAGGCUACCAUGAUCACCAACGCUCAGGGCAUCCCUGUCAUGCGACUUCAGGGUGCAGGGAUUCAAGGAACAGCACCUGUGACGAUAGUCACCACCCAAGUUGGUGCAACGCAACUACAAGGAGCAACCAUCGUGCGUAUGGCCGCCCCAGUUGGCAACCCUGCGUCAAGCGGAACCACAACUGGAACAGUUCUGAGGUUACCAGUGCAGAGUGGAACCAGUAAUGUGCCAGGGACAGCUGUGUUAAAGAUUCCUGUUACAACUUCAAUCCAGCUGCCUGGUGCGACAGGUCUGACCAUGACAGCCAUAGCAGGAAGCAGUGGCCAGGCUGUGAUUAGACAGCAACUUCCUGUGACACUGCCUGCAAACUUGCCCCCAGGAACACAGCUUAAAGUGGGACCACAGGGUCAGCUGACUGCUGUAGGCCCAGGUGGUAUUCCUGUACAGCUCACCCUGCAGAAUGUCAAGACACAGCAGGUGGCAACAGGGUUGCAGGUUCAGUCCGGUGCCACAAUAGGAACCCCAACAGUUGUGCAGUUAGCAGGUGCUUCUCCUGUGAAGGCAAACAUUGCACAGCUGACAACAUCCUCAGCAGCUCCAGCAAAAGUCACACAGGCUACCGAAAGCUUAGUUACAAGCACCAAACCUGCGGUGACAUUGACGGUGGCUUCAGUUGCCAAGACAGUGAUGACCACAGCAUCUGUCACUCCAUCAUCAGCAGUUGUAACUGGACAAACCACCCUUGUCAAGAAGCAGUUUCCUCCUUCUGCGGCAGUGUCUCCUGCCACUGCUCAGGUUAUCUUAGGGCGGGAACAAAAGACCUCAGCAACUGCAGUGUCAACAUCAGGCCAGCCAGUGAAAACAACCAUGUCCAGCAAACCAACAACUGUGGUGACAACACUUACAACAAGACAACAGUUUACCAAAACAAUGGUUACAGGGACAGUCAGUACCUCUGGACCAGUAUCUGUAACAACUGUCUUGCCUUCUAAAGUGAAUCCCCCAGCAACAUCAACAGCAAAAGCUCCAGUACCACAAGCAACAACAACAUCUGUCUCCGUCGCCAAAGCAAGUUUGCCCACCACUACCAUUUCAAGUAUACCUGCUGUUGUCAAGACUAACACAGCAGAUUCCACUAUGACAAGUAAAACAACAUCUUCAACUACAACACUAUCAACUCAAGCCACACCCAAAGCCAUUGUCAGUGUUGCCAAGGCAACAGCAGCUGAGUCCACGAUGCAAUCAUCUGUGACGCAGAUGUCAAGAUCAGCAGUUGCACCUGCAAGUACAGCCGGGAUUGUGAAAGCAGUCACCACUGCUCCUGUUGUUUCCUCAGUAACAACUCCGCUGGUGUCUUCGACAGUGUCCAGUAACACCCCAGUGGCAGUAGUGUCUCCACUGAUUACGACAACACGGCCCACUGUCGCUGUGACAAGAGUUUCCACCGGAAAUGUGUCAACCAGUUUGCCUCAAACAGUCACUACAAGCUCCGCACAGGUGACUACUGCUAUGUCGCGCACUGUGAAUGAUGGAGCAGGUAUAAAGGCUGACAGAUCAGCUACACCAGCCCUGAUAUCAAAGGUAAUUGCUUUACAAUAGCUAGAAAUAUGCUUGAAAUAAAAUAUCUCAAAGUAUGUAGCAUCUAAGUGGCCCAAAAAUCAUAGUACAAGAGAUUUGUAACAAAAUUUUGCAUGUUCUUCAGUCUGGAAUACAAUCAAUCAAAUGUGCCCGUAUGAAUUAAGAAAGGUAAUUUAUCUUUUAAAGUAGUACAGGGCAGUUGUAAGAGACAAAAUUAAAUAUCCAUGUUUGAGUUCCAUAUUAAAAGAGGUCAAUUUAUUGAUGAGACACUCUAUCUGGUGUGGUAUUUUGCACUGUGACACACAAAUAAGGAAAGAAAAAAAUACAGCAGCCUAAACCACUCAGCCAUGCUGCCUUGUCCAAUUUUUUUAUUAUUGAAUACAAGCACUGGGAACGUAUUAUAGUGGCCAGUAAAACUUAAUCGCGUUGGCUUAUUUUCAGGCUCAAAAACCAGUCAAACCGAGCUAUACCAGAAAAGUACAGUCUUCAAAUCAGUGGUAUGAUGUAGGAAUUGUCAAAGGAAUCUCCAUGAUGGUCACGCAUUAUUAUUUAUCUCCUGAAAGUACAACAAAUGAGGUGAGAGAAGCUAGAUUGCUUGUGAUGUACCGGUAGUUAAGGCCUUUGACUUUCAUCAAUACCUAAAAUUAAAGAAAAUACUGAAAACCAAAUAGUAUCAUGUGAAAGUACUGCUGAAGAGGUUUCAUUUGAAAGGUCACACGAUAGGAUUUCAUCCACAGACUCAAAAGUUAGAAGUACAUAUACUAAAUAAAUAGUAGCAUGUGAAAAUACUGCUGAAGAGGUUUCAUUUGAAUGGUCACACAAUAGGAUUUCAUCCACAGACUCAAAAGUCAGAUCUACUACUGUUGUCUCCAUUUAAACUGGAGGUGGAAUGUAAAAAUAGAAUGAAUUUGCGUGAAACUCAGAGGUGCGCGAUUUGAAUUACUAACAUGAGCCAAAUUUUGGAACAACCUUGGACUUAGUUAACAUGUACCCUUUCUUUUGAAAGAAAAUGUUGUAAAAAUGUUAAAGACAAAGUAUCUCAUUUCAAACUUGUUCAAACUUAUGACGUACCAAUGAGGUCUUAAUAAAGUUAUAAAAUAGAAACCUUUUGGUACUUUGGAACUUGUAGGCCAACCUUGACAUUGAAAGCGGCUCUGAACAUAAUUUAAAGAAGCAGGAGCUUUUACCAGGAACAGCGUACAAAUUUCGAGUAGCAGCCAUCAAUGCUUGCGGAAGAGGACCAUUCAGUGAUGUGUCUGCUUUUAAAACAUGCCUACCAGGUGAAAAAGUCAACUAACUACUCUACAUUUGUUUCCCCUAACUACGGGAACUUUCCAGUUUUCCUAAACGUCACCAACUACAUGUACUUCGAAGGCUUCUAUGUAAAACUUUUGGAAACCCUGGGGUGGAGGGUGGGGGAAAUCCUGCAUGAAAGUGACACGGAUGCUCAUCGUCUAGCUUCCCACGAGGAAGAAGCGCGUAAGAAAGCCGUAAAAACGUCCGCGUGGAAGGCUACUCAUCGUCUCGUCUAGGGGUAGAAAUUGCAGAUUUUUGUGUCUUUUGGGGUGUUAACGUAUCACGUAGAAUUAUGCUCAAAGAAAUAUCUCGAUUAAACGAAACAAUUUCCCUCAUACUGUAUUAGAGUAUGGUCUCCUUUAGGCAACAAAUGAAGCCUGAUCCACACCACGCCGGUCUCCAUACGGGGUUUGUUAUAAUUAUCUGAGGACUAGGUCUACCUAAAAGAGAAAGAAGUACAGUUGUAUCUCCCAGUGAACUUGAGUGGAAGAUCGUCUUCGAAGAGAGCUCUUGAGUCGAAUAGCUCUCCGUAUGUUUUGGAUGCUUGAGGGCUUUCAAUUUUGACAGAGGGGAGGUCGGAAAAAAUUGUUGGACAGCCCUUUGGGGCUUGAUAAAGGAAUAAAUGAAGUCAAGGGGUGGGUUGUGAUUUUUUUUAUUUUUUUGCUAUCUAAAGAGGAAGGAAAGGGGCAAAAAUUCAUCGAUGAAUCAUUAUAAUCCUUAAUUAAUCCUGAACUUUUCUGAAACUACCGAUUCCUAACUUAGAUAUCUUUUAUUUAUUUCUUCCCUUUAGGUUUUCCUGGAGCUCCAUCAGCAAUUAAAAUCAGCAAGGUUUGUGUAGUACUGUUUAAAAAACGAGCAGGAGUUUGCCUCGAGUUUAAAAACCUGAUAAUACGCGAGUACGUGUUUUUUGAACGGCUUCAAAAUCUCUGAUAUAGAUCAACUCAUUUUUGCACAAAUAUUUAGACUUGGGGUUAUUUUGUUCUAAAAUAUUGGACGUAAAGUUUAGCUGUGUCUUUAUCAGAUAUAAAGACACUCAUUAAACAUUAAUUUCUUUCGUUUUUUCUUCAUGAAUUAUUAAAGUGCUUUUGAAUUAGAUGUUGAUAAGAAGAAACGUAAAUUAUGUACAGCUUUCCAGCUUUGUAGAGUAGUCAGGCUUAAACACUUUUUCAGUUGGUCGUCAGUAACAGCACCCCGUCAACAGAGGCUUUCUUUCACCCGAUCGAUUUUUGCGUACUCGAGAAAGACCCUGCGUGAUUCGAGUAAGAUAAUUGCUGAGCAUGCAGGGCAUGUUGCUGGAAUAUAGUUUCGAACCUAUGCCUAAAAGCCGUGCGCUUGCUACAGCGGGCUUGUUUAUGACCAUUGGUUUACCAAAAAAUGGAUGCUCGCUUUCGAAAACCAAAUUUGGCGGGAAAAAAUAAUAUUGACUUGUCUAGCAGUUCGGGCUGCGGUGAUCCAAUGGUUUGGUGUCAAGUCGUUUUGUCCGAAAGUUGGUUCGCGCGAUAGCAGUUCGUCCAGACUAAAUCGAUUGGCCCGAAGCGUAUCUGUCGUUCUUUAAGCCUGAAAAAAGGGAAUAAGCAUAGAAAGACAGUGACCGCACAUGUGGAAUCCAAGGGUAACUAAAGUAAUAUCUCGACUGGUAUGUUGACCAUGUUGUAGAGUGUUGUAUGUCAUCGGGCGAAUCGACUAAUUUCCUGGCGAACGCCGUCGGGCAGGAUUCAGGCAGAGCGUCCUUUUCUCCUCCUCUCUCAAGAAGACAAAAAAAGGUGAAAAACAGUAAAAAUUUAAUCUUAUUUCCUGUUUGGAUAAAUCAGAACGCUGAGGGAGCUCACUUAUCGUGGGAAGCACCGUCCAAUGCCGCUGGUAAUGUAAGUGAAUACUCCGUGUACCUCGCCAUACGCAGCCAGUCAAACAACCAGUCAGACGACAAACCAGUAGCAGGGCUGACGUCAUCAAGUUCGGGCCCAGUCCAGCUCGCUUUUGUACGUGUGUAUUGUGGUGCCCAGCCCACCUGCACUGUCAGCACGGCCACUCUUCAAAGCGCGCAUAUCGACUUCUCGACCAAGCCAGCCAUUAUCUUCAGAAUUGCUGCCAAAAACGACAAAGGGUCAGUAUCAAUUGAACGUUUUCCACAUCUCAUUUAGCCUGCGAACAGCGGACGCAUUUCCGGUCGUCGCUUCUCUCCCUUCGAAAAAUAGGGAGAGAAGCGACGACCGGAAAUGCGUCUGCUGUUCGCAGGCUAGAUCUCAGUAAAUACUGGUAAAUGCAUUGAUACCUAGGAUUUGAUUUUCUUCACAUUCUUUUUUCUUUUUUCAACUUAUUUUUUUUAGUUACGGUCCAGCAACUCAAGUCAGAUGGCUUCAAGGUAAACACCGUAGUGUCUAAAUAAAACAGUUAUUUUAGAAUUUUGUGGUCGAUAAGCCUUUUAUGUUUCGAUUCGUAAACUGUUGAUUUCAUGGACACGGGUUACUCUGUUACUUCUCAUUUGUUAAACAGAUAUGAAAGACUUAAAAGAUGGACAACUUGCUAUGAAAACAACAGCGAAACGGUCGGCCGCAGACAGGUGAGAACUAGAUAAUACUGUCACUACUGAUAGAGUGGUUUCGUAAGUGUAAAACUACUUUAAGCUGCUGACUAAGUUCAGGGUCCUUUAGGUUGUAUGAUACGAGAGAACGACUGGAGAACUGACCAUUUGACUAACAAUAGACGACUGUUUAACUGUGAUAAUAGACGGAUCGAAACGCACCAAUUACUGAUUACGAGUCUUCAUAGCCAAUAACAUCACGGCUUAACUGACAGACGACCAAUAACAUCGCGACGUAAUUGACCAAUCAAAUCAAUAACCAGAGUAUAAUACCAUUAACUGGCGUGAUAAAACUCACUUUGACUCUGAAGAUGACUACCGCGCAGGUUGUCGAAACGUCAGUCACAGUCAUCAACAACAGUCCUAUUCAGGACUACGUUCACCCGGACGAUCAAACUCAACCUACUUUUUGAAGUGACUCCUGGGUUCAAACCUUUCACAGAUCAGAGAUAUGUUGCGCAAUCUGAGACUGGAAGCGGACAAUCGUUAGUUAUGAUUGGUCGAUGAUACUCAAGACAACCAUUAACCUAUGAUCAUAAGUAACGCUUCUCCACUCAAGCGAUCCCAGAAAUCGUUUCGCGCGAAAGUUUUUUCUAGAGUGGGAGAUUGAUAGAUGUGACUUUUGUCUUUGUUCCUUUAGCCGGUCAGCGGAAUCGUCCAAGAGAGCCAAGAAAGAAAAAGACAAACGCGAAGAAAAGGUAAAGAAAGAGAAAGAAGCAACAGAAGAUAUAACGCCAGAAGCCGAAACAAAGGACACAUGAUAUAAAACAUAUAUUCAAAUACUCUUUAUUUUAUGUAGAUACACAUUCUUAUUUAGAUACACGUUCUCGGUAUUGAUGAUAGAAACAAACAUAUUUAUUUAUGACGUUUGAAGACGGUUUUUUGUUUCCACCGUUUUGCGUGACAGGUGUUCGGUUUUCACUAGCAGUGGAAGCACAAAAGCGAGGGCGUUAUUUCACCGUGAAAACGGUCCAGUCACAAGCCAAAGUUAUGCUUGCGUCGCUUGUUAAAACCAGGUUUAUGCAAGCUUCCAUAUUGUCAGAGUUGCGUGACGAACAAGUGACACGUCACGCAAUGGACAGCGGAAGAGGCUCCUUCGACAGUGUUGACCGGUUUUUGAAAAUUUCGAGAAACACUGUUUUGCGAACCUACUUGUUUCUGUUUUCGUAUUGAGAACGUGUCAUUGCUUUUACCGUGAAGGGGAAUGGUGUAUAGUAUCUAUGUAAGUACUUGUUUUAACACAGCCUGGAUAUCAGGCGAAAAACUUUGCAGAAAGUUGUUUCUCACGAAUACUUUUAGACCAGUUACGCAUCAGUUGAGAUACACGUGGUGGCUUGCUUUUUAACCAGAGACCUCGGUUAUUUUGGCAAAGUGGGAAAUGGGCAGGACCUUUUUUUUGGAAAUUGUGGAGUUUAUUCCCGAAUGCAGAUAAAAGCAUUGGCGGAUUCAGCUAUUUAAUUUGGCAGGGGCCCGGCUUAUCCAGACCAGCCUAAGAUAACAGGGGGCCUGGCCUCGAAAAUAAUUUUUGUCAGCCCUGCCGGCUUCAGUUUGGCCAAAAACUACGAGGGGGCCUGGGCCCCACCCCUAAUCCACCAAUGAAAAGCCUCGCAUCUCCUUGAGAGAACUGAAGUAAGUUUUUAGAUUUCGGAGAAAAAUUUCAGAAUUCGCGUGUUCUUCACUCAUUGGGGGCGAAAGUAGAAGAAACAAGUCUUCGCUCCAACUCAACGUUUUUGGUGAGUAGCUGGUGAAAGUAUUUCUGAUGGGUCUACAGAUCUUAUCGGCUGUCUUAGUGUAGAUAUUGCGAAGCCUCGUCUUAUUGAACUGACCAGACAGGUGAUUCCGCCGGGUCAAUCUCGCUAGCGUGGAAAAUUGAAAGGGAAAACAAGAGGCGCUUUCUUUGCGAUUUGUCGCCGCCAUAUCACAAGGCUUGAAACAUGUUUACAACAUUUUUCAGUCAUAUUCAAACAACUUGUCGUUGCAGAACAAACGCACUGAAAUCGUAGCCAGUUUUAACUUGGGACAAAACUUUGCACUGGAAAUCGCAACAAAAUACACCGGCCUUUUUUUGCUUACCUCUCCAACAGAAGACACCCAUUGUUACAAAUUAUUUGUUUGCUACUUCAAUAUUAAGAAACACUCAAUUGACAAUCCAAUUAUUUGACGAAAAUUUGUUUUCCUAUGAAACGUUGUUCCGUAAACCCAUAAUACGCCAGUUGCAAAUCUCCCAUAAUGUUCUUUAUUUGCCCCCACCCCCCCCCCCCCACAACAAAAAAAAAAACCAACUUUUAUUUAUUAUUUUUUUUUUUUAACGUGUGUAUUGUGGUGCCCAGCCCACCUGCACUGUCAGCACGGCCACUCUUCAAAGCGCGCAUAUCGACUUCUCGACCAAGCCAGCCAUUAUCUUCAGAAUUGCUGCCAAAAACGACAAAGGGUCAGUAUAAAUUGAACGUUUUCUACAUCUCAUACUUUUAUAUAUAUAUACCUAGUACCUACUUCUGGUACCUAGUAUUUGAUUUUCUUCACUUUGUUAAUUUCUUUUUUCAACUUAUUUUUUUAGUUACGGCCCAGCAACUCAAGUCAGAUGGCUCCAAGGUAAACACCGUAGUGUCUAAAUAAAACAGUUAUUUCGGAUUUUUGUGAUCGAUAAGCCUUUUAUGUUGCUAUUCGUAAACUUCUGAUUUCAUGGACACGGGUUACUCUGUUAUUUUUCAUUUGUUAAACAGAUAUGAAAGACUUAAAAGAUGGACAACUUGCUAUGAAAACAACAGCGAAAAGGUCGGCCGCAGACAGGUGAGAACUAGAUAAUUCUGUCACUACUGAUAGAGUGGUUUCGUAAGUGUAAGACUACUUUAAGCUGCUGACUAAGUUCAUGGUCCUUUAGGUUGUAUGAUACGAGAGAACGACUGGAGAACUGACAAUUUGACUAACAAUAGACGACUGUUUAACUGUGACAAUAGACGGAUCGAAACGCACCAAUUACUGAUUACGAGUCUUCAUAGCCACAAUAUCACGGCUUUAUUGACAGACGACCAAUAACAUCGCGACGUAAUUGACCAAUCAAAUCAAUAACCAGAGUAUAAUACCAUCAACUGACGUGAUACAACUCACUUUGACUCCGAAGAUGACUACCGCGCAGGUUUUCGAAACGUCAGUCACUUUCAACAACAACAGUCCUAUUCAGGACUACGUUCACCCAGACGAUCAAACUCAACCUACUUUUGAGGUGACUCCUGGGUUCAAACCUUUCACAGAUCAGAGAUAUUUUGCGCAAUGUGAGACUGGAAGCGGACAAGCGUUAGUUAUGAUUGGUCGAUGGUAUUCAAGGCAACCAUUAACCAAUAGUUAUAACUAACGCUUGUCCACUCAAGCGAUCCCAGAAAUCGUCGCGCGCGAAAGUUUUUUCUAGAGUGGGAGAUUGAUAGAUGUGGCUUUUGUCUUUGUUCCCUUAGCCGGUCAGCGGAAUCGUCCAAGAGAGCCAAGAAAGAAAAAGACAAACGCGAAGAAAAGGUAAAGAAAGAGAAAGAAGCAACAGAAGAUAUAACGCCAAAAGCCGAACCAAAGGACACAUGAUAUAAAACAUAUAUUCAAAUACUCUUUAUUUUAUGUAGAUACACAUUCUUAUUUAGAUACACGUUCUCGGUAUUGAUGAUAGAAACGAACAUAUUUAUUUAUGACGUUUGAAGGCGGUUUUUUUGUUUCGACAGUUUUGCGUGGGAGGUGUUUAGGUUUCACUAUCAGUGCAAGCACAAGAGCGAGGGCGUUAUUUCACCGUGAAAACGGUCCAGUCACAAGCCAAAGUUAUGCUUGCGUCGCUCGUUAAAACCAGGUUUAUGCAAGCUUCCAUAUUGUCAGAGUUGCGUGACGAACAAGUGACACGUCACGCAAUGGACAGCGGAAGAGGCUCCUUCGACAGUGUUGACCGGUUUUUGAAAAUUUCGAGAAACACUGUUUUGCGAACCUACUUGUUUCUGUUUUCGUAUUGAGAACGUGUCAUUGCUUUUACCGUGAAGGGGAAUGGUGUAUAGUAUCUAUGUAAGUACUUGUUUUAACACAGCCUGGAUAUCAGGCGAAAAACUUUGCAGAAAGUUGUUUCUCACGAAUACUUUUAGACCAGUUACGCAUCAGUUGAGAUACACGUGGUGGCUUGCUUUUUAACCAGAGACCUCGGUUAUUUUGGCAAAGUGGGAAAUGGGCAGGACCUUUUUUUUGGAAAUUGUGGAGUUUAUUCCCGAAUGCAGAUAAAAGCAUUGGCGGAUUCAGCUAUUUAAUUUGGCAGGGGCCCGGCUUAUCCAGACCAGCCUAAGAUAACAGGGGGCCUGGCCUCGAAAAUAAUUUUUGUCAGCCCUGCCGGCUUCAGUUUGGCCAAAAACUACGAGGGGGCCUGGGCCCCACCCCUAAUCCACCAAUGAAAAGCCUCGCAUCUCCUUGAGAGAACUGAAGUAAGUUUUUAGAUUUCGGAGAAAAAUUUCAGAAUUCGCGUGUUCUUCACUCAUUGGGGGCGAAAGUAGAAGAAACAAGUCUUCGCUCCAACUCAACGUUUUUGGUGAGUAGCUGGUGAAAGUAUUUCUGAUGGGUCUACAGAUCUUAUCGGCUGUCUUAGUGUAGAUAUUGCGAAGCCUCGUCUUAUUGAACUGACCAGACAGGUGAUUCCGCCGGGUCAAUCUCGCUAGCGUGGAAAAUUGAAAGGGAAAACAAGAGGCGCUUUCUUUGCGAUUUGUCGCCGCCAUAUCACAAGGCUUGAAACAUGUUUACAACAUUUUUCAGUCAUAUUCAAACAACUUGUCGUUGCAGAACAAACGCACUGAAAUCGUAGCCAGUUUUAACUUGGGACAAAA